AAUAUAAAGUGAUUUAUAAACAUAAUUUAUUACUAUUAUUAAGUACCAAUAUAUAUUAAAUUGCAUCUUAUUAUCAUUUGUUUAAGAAAAUCAAACAAAAGCCAGCUGUGGUACAGUUUCUGUCUCAGCCAGAUAAGGUGUUUCACCAUCAUAUCAUGGUCUUUUUCCCUCCCCUGGGAAAUGAUCGUAUGUCUACAGUCUCCAUCUGCCCUUAUCAGUGCGCGCUGAUGUUCCCAGGUAAUAAAACGCACCGUAACCUGCCUGUGUUGUGCCGUGUGUGUGUGUGUUGGUGGGAGCCUGAGGCCAGUUAACCAUGAAAUAAUUGAUGCCUCUUCCAUUGUGUGGGACGCCUCAGCCAGCGGCCUCAGAGUGUGGGAAAGCUAAUCCUGACUGGGACUCAUGGCUUUGUAAUGCUAAUGAUCUCCUAUAAAUAGAGCAGCGAGACCCUCAUUCCCAACACAAACCCCUCGCUCUGCUGAGAGAAACAGCAUCUCUCCUGAAGAAACAAUGGCUCCUGCGUAUAUGACUGAAUACUCCAAGCUUUCCAACAAGGAGAAGCAUAAAUUGCGAAAGCCAGUGGUGGAAAAGAUGCGCAGAGAUCGCAUCAACAACUGCAUCGAGCAGCUCAAGUCCAUGCUGGAGAAAGAGUUCCAGCAGCAGGAUCCCAACACCAAGCUGGAGAAAGCCGACAUCCUGGAGAUGACGGUGGUUUUCCUCAAGCAGCAGCUGCAGCCCAAGACUCCACAGAAAGCCCAGUUUGAGGGCUAUUCGCAGUGCUGGAGGGAGACCAUCAGCUUUCUGUCUGUGGGCUCCAAGGCCGAGGCUGUGGCUCAACAUCUCCAGCAAGAAGCCCAGAGAUCAGAAGCUCCAGAGGUUAAACGCAUGUCUCCAGCUCCCCAUCAUCAGCAGCACACACACAUCAAGCAGGAGCCGCGGGCGCACAGUCCGCUCUGGAGACCCUGGUAGAGACGCUCAAACACUAGAUGGUGGUUUACCGUCUCUUAUGUAGGAGAUUCUCCAUUUCUAUAGUACAUCACUUAUUCACAUUGUGAAGAUUGUGUGAAGAAUUGAGUGAUUCACAAUGUGAGGGCCUCGUCUUCUGCUGAUGUUUCUAUUCUAUGAUAUGAUCAGAGGUUUAUUAUUGUAACACCUCUGUAGUUUCCACAUGGAUGGACAUUAUUUUCUAUACAUUUCUUCAUGAUGAAGAGUCAAUGUUGAACUCCUGUGGAGUUGUGGAUUAAGUAUGAUUUGUGAUUUUUAAUAUGCAUUAUCAAUGCUUUAUUGAUGUUUCUUUAUAUGAAAGAUGUGAAUUUUGACUUAUUUAUAAUAUAUGUUUGCAUAAUGUUAUUCAAAUAAACACAUUUUGAAUUGAAACACUUCCUUCUGAUGGAUUUCUCAACUCAAACGCUGCUUGCUUGAUUAAUAGACUUUUGAAAAAAUGCUAAUUGUGUUUCUGUAGCAAACUCACUGGUAAAUUAAUGCCCCAUGAGUUCAUGUAUUACUAACAUGAACAAAUUAUGAACAAUACAUUCAUUACAGUAUCUUUGUUAACAAUAGUUAAUGGUAAUAAAUGUGUUCAUAGAGACGCUGCGCCCUAAACACUACAUGGUGGUUUUACCAUCUCAUAUGUUGGAGAUUCUCCAUUUCUACACUCUCAGAAAUAAAGGUACGCGAGCUGUCA